GGAGACAUAGGUGGGUGGAAUAUGCUUCUAAGAAUCGCUACAAUGCUUCUCAAGUCCCACCAGAAUGGCAUGGCUGGCUUCAUUUUAUAACUGAUCAUACAGGAGAUGAGCUUCUCUUGUUGAAGCCGAAGAGAUAUGGACUUGAACACAAAGAGAACUUCUCCGGGGAGGGGGAUGAGUACAUUUAUCACUCCAAGGGACAUACCCUUAACCCUGGACAAAGAGACUGGACCAGAUACCAACCCUGGGAACCCAAAAAGGCUUAAGUCCCUCUUUCUUUAAAGCAAGCUCCAACUAAUCUGGGAAAGUACAUGGAUAUGUCUCUUUUGUUUUCAUUAUUAAUAAAUUUGGGUACUUGAUUAUUCUAUUCCAUGAUAUCUGUAAUGAUCAAGGUUUCCCAAUCCAGGGUGCAUGUUAAGAUCUUUAAUUUGAUGAAUGUUUUGAAAAUAGACGAAUGUCUUAAUGCCUCAAUGAUGAAACAUUUAUCAUGGAUUAUUCAAAAUUGAAGAGGUGACUGUUUACUUCCA